AUGAUGGUGAAAAACGACAUGAUAUCAACAAAGAAAAAACAAGAUGAUAAAAAUCAAGAAUUUGAAAAAAAAAUUAAUACAUUAAGUGAACAAAUGAUAAAGCUAAAACAGUAUACUAGUGAUCAAAUCAUUAAUGAUGUCUUUGCACAUCUCCUACAACCAUUUGUAGAUAGAGUAAAAGUGGAAUUUGACAAAAAGAAUGAAGCUAAAAAAGAUUUCAAAUACGAUUUUACAACAUGUUACAAUUCAGGUGUUUUACGAAAAAUCAAAGCUAACACAUUUAGUAAUCAAGAAACAACAUCCAUGAAAAAUGAUAUAAUAAUGGAAUUCGUUGAACAAUCACAAAUAGAACGUUCAGAUUUUAUUGAUUUACUUUUAAAUAAAACAUUCCGCAAUUAUAAAUGUCAUGCUAUUCUUAAUCAUUUCAUCGAUGACAUUAUCAACAAACAACAAAAUGAAAAUAAUAUUGCAUUUUUAGAAUCUAAACAUUAUGCUCAAAUAAUGAUUGAUAACGAAGCAAAGGGUAAUCUAAUCAAGUUGAUAUAUUUGAAUACGAAACUCAAAAAAAAAGAACAAUUCACCGAAAUGGAUAGUACAAUUGUUAUGGGUAAGAUUGCAUCUGGGUGCUGUCGUGUUGGUGAUGAAUGUGUAUUGAUGCCAAAUCGGACACAUGCUGAAAUUACAAAUAUUUAUUAUGAAAAUGAUGAAGUUGAAUCUUGUGUUUAUGAAGCAAAUGUUCGACUUAAAUUAAAAAAUGUUGCAGAAAAAGUAAUUUCACCUGGUUUUAUUUUAUGCAAUGCUAAAGAACAACCAUGUCGUGUUGGAAGAAUCUUUAAAUCAGAAGUGAUGAUAAUUAAAAGUCAAUGGAAAAUUUAUCCAGGUUACUUAGCUGUUCUUCAUAUUCAUGCAGCAGUAGUUGAAGUUCGAUUAAAAGAAUUAAUAGCAUUAAUUGACCGUAAAACACGUGAAGAAAUUUUAGAAGGUCCAAAAUAUAUAAAACAAGAUCAAGUUGCAAUUGCAAUAUUUGAAUUAUCACAAUCUGGACAAACUAUUUGUUUGGAAUUAUUUGACCAUUUUCCUCGAGUUGGUCGAUUUGCAUUAUGUGAUGAAGGUCAAACUGUUGCUGUUGGAAAAAUUCUUAACAUCAUUAAAUAA